AUGAGGAUGAAUGCCUAUGAGUUAUCCAAGAUUUAUAAACAGAAGAUAAAGGCGUAUCAUGACAAGAAAUUGCAAAAACAGAACUUCCAACCAGGCCAACAAGUCUUGCUCUUCAACUCCAAACUCAGGCUACAUCCAAGAAAGCUAAAGUCAAAAUGGUUAGGGUCGUUCGUAAUCAAGGAAGUAAGACCCCAUGGAGCUGUGGAAUUGGUGGACCCUACAACAGGCACAUCAGAGAAAAGAUGGGUCCUCAAUGGACAACGCUUGAAAAUUUGCAAUGGAGGCCAGUUAGAAAAAUUAACAAGUGUUGUCUACCUGAACGAUCCAUAA